AUGUCAGUCAACCCGGGGACCCUCCGAGGCACCCCGAGCCGCAACCAGGGCCGCGGUGCUGUCCCCUUUGCCAACAACAACAGCCCGGCAGGUCCAUCCUCGGCAAUCCCCAGGCCCGUUCUCGAAACCCCGCCGGCGGCAGCCAGUGAGGUUGGCGGCUCUUCGCUCAGCACGAGCCGGCAAAAGCAGACCAAGAGAGAUGAGGCCAUCCGCCGCAAGUUGGAGAAUGACCUCUCCAAGAAGAAGCACCUGACUGGCCGCGCCCGGCAAUCCCGCAAGGCGCCCCCCGGAACCGUCCUCGCCCUCAAGCCAAGUCAGGCGCUCCAGAUCAAACCCCAAACUACCGUCGCCGAAGCCGCCCAGCUUAUGGCUGCCAAGCGUGAAGACUGCGUGCUAGUAACCGACGAUGACGACCGGAUUGCCGGCAUUUUCACAGCCAAGGAUCUCGCCUUCCGCGUGGUGGGGGCGGGGCUGAAGCCGAACAAUGUUACCAUCGCCGAAAUCAUGACCAAGAACCCGCUGUGCGCUCGGACCGACACCAGCGCCACCGAUGCGCUGGACCUCAUGGUCCGCAAGGGCUUCCGCCAUCUGCCAGUCAUGGACGAGAACCAGGAUAUUUCGGGUGUGCUCGAUAUCACCAAAUGUUUCUACGAUGCGAUGGAGAAGCUGGAGCGCGCCUAUUCCUCUUCGAGGCGGUUGUACGACGCCCUGGAAGGCGUCCAGUCCGAACUCGGCACUAGCCAGCCGCAGCAGAUCAUCCAGUAUGUGGAGGCUCUCCGCUCGAAGAUGUCUGGCCCCACCCUGGAAUCGGUGCUUAACGGCACCCCGCCGACGACGGUGAGCGUUCGGACGUCCGUCAAGGAAGCGGCUCAGAUGAUGAAGGAGAACCAUACCACGGCGAUUUUGGUCACAGACCAGGGCGCGAUCACAGGUAUUUUCACCAGCAAGGACGUUGUCUUGCGAGUGAUUGCCCCAGGUCUCGACCCUGCGACAUGUAGCGUUGUCCGUGUCAUGACGCCCCAUCCCGACUUUGCUCCCAUGGACAUGAGCAUCCAAGCUGCCCUACGCAAGAUGCAUGAUGGCCACUAUCUCAACCUGCCCGUCAUGAACGACGGCGGGGAAAUUGUCGGCAUGGUCGACGUCCUGAAGCUCACGUACGCCACACUAGAGCAAAUCAACACGAUGGGCACGGGCGACAACGAGGGGCCUGCAUGGAACAAGUUCUGGCUUUCCCUCGACCACGAAACAGAGUCGAUGGUUUCCGGCGACGGGUCGCUUCACCACACAAACCCUGGGCCCCGGUCCCUGAUGUCUCCCGACAUGGGCCGUAGCGACCGCCUUGUGAGCGAUAGCGUUGCGCCGGGCGACUCGGCAAGCCACGUCGGCGCCGACUCGCCGCACCACAGCGCCGUGGGCAUCCACACACCAGAGCUUCCGCCAAGCGAGGUCCCCUUCCCCUUCAAAUUCAAGGCCCCCAGCGGCCGCGUUCACCGUCUGCAGGUGACGGCCGCACACGGCAUGGCCGAAUUCGUCGCCAACGUUACCUCUAAGCUCGGCGCUGAGGUUGACGCCAUUGGCGGUGCCCCUGUCGUCGAGGACAACACGCUGUCCGGUGGCUAUGCCCUCAGCUACCUCGACAAUGAGGGCGACUCGGUUUCCAUUACGACAGACGAGGACCUGCUCGAAGCGAUCCUCCUCGCGCGGCGGGGCCACCGCGACAAGGUAGACCUAUUUGUGCACGAUCCCUCGGAGCCCCCCGUUCCCUCAGCGCGGGUGCCCGCGCCGGAGUCCACGGUGCUGGCCACCCCGCCGGCGUCGUCUACCCAUCGCGAGCGGAGGAAGACCAUUGAGGAUGAGGAAGAGGACAGUGACGAAUCCGAGGACGAGGACGUGCCUGCUCGCCGCGGCAGGCAUGGGCGCACACGCACGGCGCCGCCGCAGCAAAUUGCUGAGCAGCUCGUCGCGGGCGUCCCCAACGAGCUGCUUCUUCCUGGGGCUAUUGCGAUGUUGGCGGUGGUGAUUGCGGGAGUGUUUACCGUUUCGAGGUUGUCGACGCUCAGCAAUGCGUUGAAAGCCAGCAUUUCCAGGAUGAUUCUCAGGAAUUUUGGGGUACGGCACGGCCGCCAGGCGUUGGCGGCACCUGUCUCCCGAUCAUGCCUCCGAACGAUCUCCUCCUCGGCGACACGAUCGACAACGGCGCCGACAACAGUUGCCGAACCCACCACAACCGCGAGCGCACCUACGACGGCGACACAUGCCUUUGCCGCAGCUCAGGCCGCCGCGCGGCAGGCUGAGCUGGCACGCAUCCCCGAAAACUACACCGACUACAUGCACCAACGGGAGCACACGCGGGGUAUCGGCUCGCGUGUCGAGUCACGCUACCACCCGGACCAGAUGCUAGAGGAUCCGCCGCGAGACGCGACGCUUGAAAUGCUUAUGGCCGCCCAAGUGCACAUGGGCCACCAUAUCUCCCAGUGGAAUCCCGCCAACCAACGGUACAUCUACGGCCAGCGCGCGGGCAUCCACAUCAUCAGCCUCGAGACCACGGCCACCCACCUUCGCCGCGCCGCCCGCGUGGUCGAGGAAGUCGCCUACUACGGCGGCCUGAUCCUGUUCGUAGGCACGCGCAAGGAGCACAUGCCGGUGGUGGUGCGCGCGGCGGAGCUGGCCCAGGGCUAUCACCUGUUCCAGAAGUGGACGCCCGGGGCGAUCACGAACCGCGACAUCAUCCUGGCGAGCGGCGAGCUCAAGAUCGUGGACGGGCAGGACAAGGUGCUGGACGGGUUUGAGACCCACCUGCGGGACCGCCGCCCCGUCGUGCCCGACUUGGUCGUGUGUCUCAACCCGCUCGAGAACUACCCGCUGCUGCACGAGUGCGGCGUGGCCAACAUCCCCACGAUCGGCCUCAUCGACACCGACGCCGACCCGACGUGGGUGACGUACCAGAUCCCGGCCAACGAUGACAGUCUACGAUCCGUCACCCUUCUUGCGGGUGUCCUCGGCAGAGCGGGUGAGCGUGGGCAGCAGCGAAGGCUGGCGGACGCCGAUGACGGGGUCAUUAGCUGGAGGUCUCCUCGCGAUGUCGAGACUUUUAUGGAAAAGGAUGCCUUGGCCAAGGCAGAAGAAGAGCUUCGGCAGAUUAUUAAAGCCAGGAAAGAGGGGAUCUUGGACGACAAGCCGGCAACGGAGGAAGACUUCAUGAGCGAUGAUGAGCUGUUGCGAGCGUUGAACGAUGGUCCAAUCCCAAGACCACCGCAGUGA